AUGGCAGACUCUCAAGAUCAACUGGCGCCCUUCUUCUCCGCCUCCUCAAACGAUCAGAGCGCCGUCCUCGUCACCGUCUCCAUCGUCGCGGCUGCAGUGUCGGCACUAGCCAUCGCGGCUAAGCUCUUCUGGCGCCGGAACAUCUACUCACUCAAAGCAUACGACCAUGCGCUGCUAAUAGGCGCUACUUUCUUGUUUGCGUACACGGGACUUGUGGUCUACUCCGCGGACCUGGGCGUGGGAAAGCAUCGAGAAGACGUCGGCGACGAGCAUCUGGUACUGAUUCGAAAGGUCCAAUAUGCCGCCACACUCUUGUGGAUCGUGAUAGGCACGUGUACGAAAGUGUCCAUGUGCCUCUUCAUCGAAUCGAUCAACACCUACAACAACAUCUUCAAAGCAAACAGGAUAUUGAUCGGAGCAGUCGGCGUGUUAGGUCUCAGCACUUUCCUCGCCAACUGCUUCCGGUGCAGCCUCCCUUCGCCAUGGCUAGCAGAGUCGACAGAGUCCUGCCCCGCCGCGACCUCAAUCUACCAGUUGACCAUCGGGGCGAGCAUAGCCACUGACGUACUGAUAUGCGUGCUGGCUGUGCCGAUGAUCUGCAAGGUGCAGAUAGCCACCAAGACCAAGGUCUUUGUCAUCUUUCUGUUCUCCAUCCGCAUCGCCUGCGUCGUCACAGCCCUCCCCGCCAUCCUAGAUACAACGCACCUCUACAACCGGCAGGACAUCGACUACACCUGGCUCUCCCUCAGUCCGGCAGUCUGGCUCGCCGCGACUGCCAACUGCUUCGUCAUCACGAACUGCGUGCCGAGUCUCAAGGGCUUGUUUGACAGCUGGCUCGGCAACACGUUGGGUAUUGACAUCGACGCGCCGUACCAGCUCGAGCGCAUGGACGGCAAGAACACGUUUGCGGCCAAGGCGUACGAGACGGGUUGUGGAGGCAGCGGAGCGAGCGGCAGCGGCGGAGGCAGCGGCGCCCACGCGUCGUCCAGGCCCAAGGAUAACAGCAGCGCCGUGGGCAGACGCUCUGGGACGUUUGUUGGCUUGCGGCUGGGGCCGGCGGCACAGAAUGAAGCUGCGUGCUUCUCUGACAACACUGGCCACCACCGAACCCGGUCCGUUUCAGCUGAGAAGGGGACAAGCCGUCGCCGUGAUGCUGAUCGCAUCAGCGACAGUGACGAGGAGAAUGAUGCCCACGAGAGCGAGAGUGUGAAGAGACUGACGCGCGGGAUAGUCAUACAAGAGGAGGUCGAGGUCCGGUUUGACCGUCCAGGCAAGGGGCGGGAUCCUGAGUGUGAUGACCGGCGCUCCUGGUCGGCAUCGACAUAA